AAUAAAAUAAUUGCGCGCGCACAUGGGGAUGUUCUUUGAGCGAAUUCCCAUCUGAAGGCCCGGUGUACGGACCCAGGUAUUAUUUCUUCCCACAUUUACGACUCGGUUAAUCGGGGCCCACGUUUGGGUGUUGUUUGCAUUUUUUAUUCGUUUUUGUCUUUAUGUUGAAUCCGGGUUUGUGUUGUCGUAAAGGUGUGUAGGGACUCGUGUGACGGGUUACCUUACAGGGACGGGAGCGGUAGUUGCAAAAAAUGGUGUCGAGUGCUUUAUACUCCACAAUGGGUUUAAGGGUCGCGUGAGCUGAAGAUUCACUAUUGUAUACUUAUUGUUGAGCAGGGUAUUGUCAGUGGGUCUUGGAAUUAUAAACAGAGGACUGAAAGACUCAUGGAGAGAGUAUAAAUAUCAGAGUAUAAAUAUCAGAGUAUAACUAUCAGAGUACAAAUACCGGGGGAUGAGCUUGGUGGAAGAGCAAACACAUCACGCUGCAAGACAUGGUUUCGAUCAGUAAACUAUUAACGUCCGCCUUUGUCAUUGGCACCUCGCCAACGAACCCUCAUCCGCAGUUGGCCAUUCCACUGCAGUUCCAGGGAGAUGAGUAUUCUGCGUUUAAGUAUUUUUUAGGCGCUGGUCCUUAUACUACCCAUUCAGGCUACGGGAUUGAUCCUGCAGUUCCCUCCGAAUGUGAGUUGGAGCAAGUUCAACUACUUGCCAGACACGGCGAAAGGUUCCCAUCGCAUGGAGAAGGCCAGAAUUACGAAAAAAUAAUGGAUAAAUUUCAUAAUUAUACCAAUGCUUUUGCCGGGCCGUUAAGUUUUCUAAAUGAUUAUGAAUAUUUUGUACCAGCCAAAGAAUUGUAUGACAUGGAAACCACUGCUUCUAAUUCAGAAGGGACUUUCAGUGGUACCAACGAUGCCAUGCGUCAUGGGCUAUACUUCCGAAGCAGGUAUGAGUCUAUUUAUAACUCGAGUCAACCACUUAAUGUGUUCACGGUUAAUUCUUUUAGAGUACAUCAAACAGCAGAUUAUUUUGUUAGAGGCUUUUUGGGCGAUGACCGCUCUUUGCCUAAUUGGGUGGUGUUAAGUGAGGAGGAAGAUUUGGGUGCGAAUUCAUUAACUCCAAAAUAUUCCUGUUCUAAUUAUAACCACGGUAAACGUAAUGACUUAAUUGGGAAUUAUGAUUCUUCGUAUUUGAAGAAAAUAUUGCAUCGCUUAAUUAAAGAUAAUCAAGGCUUACAAUUAUCCACUGGCGACGUUGACGCUUUAUUCUUUUGGUGUGCUUAUGAAACCAACGUUCGCGGUAGCCUGCCCUUUUGUAACUUAUUCACCAAUGAGGAAAUCAUCCGUCACUCGUAUGGUAAUGAUUUAAGCCGGUAUUAUACUUAUGGGAAUGGGAAUAAUAUUUCUCUUUGGGCGUCUUCUCAAUUAUUAAACUCUUCUUUGACGUUAUUAACUCAAGAAGACCCGCCAUCCAAUAACGGUAAAAUCUGGUUAUCUUUCACCCACGAUACCGAUAUCGAAUCCUUCCAUGCCAGUUUAGGUAUCUUACAGCCCAAAGACCAUUUACCCUCCGAUCAGAUUAUUUUCCCUAGUCCUUACCAAGUAACUUCGGUUGUGCCUCAGCAUGCUCGCACUUACACUGAAAAGUAUAAGUGUAACGGCGAGUCUUACGUGAGAUACCUUGUCAACGAUGCGGUUAUCCCCAUUCCAAACUGUACCGACGGUCCGGGAUUCUCUUGUAAACUACAAGAUUUUAAAAACUACGUUGAUCAAAGAAUCGGCGACGCCGAUUAUGAGACAAUGUGCGAUAAUCAGGACUCGGGCAGGCCUCCAAAAUUGACUUUCUACUGGGAUUACCCCGAUAAAAACUACACCGAGCCUUUAGAUAAAACUUAUUAGUUUCAUUCUCGUCUUGGUAUUUAGUAUGUUCACAA